CAUACAACAAGCUACUCGUAAACACAGCAAAUAUAAAUUUUUAAAAAGUUUUCUACUCGUGCUGUUACUUUUGUACGCAAACGAAAAUGUCUGCUGAAAGCGAAAAUAAUAUAUUGGAUCAGCAGUUGGUGACAGAGAUUAACGAGAUCGACGCAGAGUCUAACAGUAAGGAAACUGAAGAAGAAGCAGCAGCUCCCAGUGCUCCACAUGUGCGUAGACGCAAGUCUACGAAACGAAUCAAGAAGACGAAGCGCAGCAGUGCACGCUUGAGUCGUCCUCCGUCCAGGACUACAAGACGUCAGACCAGGGGGAGUGGCGGGGAUGACGCUGACGGAAACGGAAAUGAUGGUGGUGAGGUUAUGAACAUGCUAUACACAAAUCUGGCUGGGAUUUCUUAUAGUCCACCACCACCUAAGAGGCGUAAAACUAAGCGUUCCUCGACUGCUUUAGGCCGUGUCCUUGAGCGUCCGCGUCCAUUAUCGAAUGCAGUGCGUGGAUGUCGCCACUGCAUUUGCACCGAGCUAAACGGACGUAUCUAUAAACUACUGGAUUUGCCGUAUCUGGAACCCAAACGUAUGCCCUCGAGGCAUUCAAAGUCUCGUAGAUCUUAAAGCAAAUUUCUUGAUUUUAGUUGCACAUUUCGAAACGAACCCAAUACGAAUCGCAGAUUUUGUGCAAUAAAUGCAAUUUUAAAAGGUUUAAAA